CAAGCAAAGCAGGUUUUUACUUUUUAGCGACAGUACUUUAUUAGGGCAAGCAAGCAAAAGAGGUAUUGAGUUUGUUUUUGUUUGAAUGGAGGGUGGGAGAAGAGUUGGAGAGGUUCGGUACAGAGGGAUUCGUAAGAGGCCAUGGGGUAAGUUUGCAGCAGAGAUUCGUGACCCUACAAAAAAAGGUGCUCGCAUAUGGCUCGGAACCUUUGACACUGCUGAACAAGCCGCACGUGCCUACGAUGUGGCUGCUUUUCGUUUUCGUGGUCACAGGGCCAUACUCAACUUCCCUAAUGAUCAUGGACACACCACUACUCCUAGUCCAAACACUUCAUUGCCUCUUCCUCCUCCUCCUUCUUCUUACCCUAAUUCCUACUCUGGUGAGGGUUCGUCAACACAACAACAACAGCAGCAGCAAAAUGAUGAUGAUGAUGAUGACGACACUUUUGAAGUGGAAUACUUUGACAAUAAGUUGUUGGAAGAACUUCUUCAGGAGCCUGAUGGUACAGGAAACUCAAAAGCACACUAGCUGAAGGAGAAUGUGGUCCUGGUCCUGCUUUAUGUGGCAACUAUAUAUGCAAGAAACGCUAUGUGGUUUAUAUGCUUUUUCGUUUCAUUUUGAUUGUGUUUCUGAUAGUAAAAGCUGUUUGAAACCUGAUUGGUUGUUAUCAUAGCUGUAGAAUUUAUUAGGUCAGAGAAAUAAAGAGAGAGUUAAGGAGUGUCUUUAA